AUGACGGGCGCGUUUGAAUAUGUGAUGAAGCUCGGAGAAAUCUCGGCUGCCCUCAAACAGAUCAAACACGACGUCAAUCUCCUAAAGAUUGAUGUUAAUUUCGAUACACCACGUGGUCCUAAAAAGAAAGACAAAAAAGACAAACUACGCGAGACCAUUCGCUAUUUAGGGCUAGUCCGCGAAAAAAAAUUAUCAACAGAGCUUCCUACAUACGUUAGCUCUAACUUACGGGUACCUAACAACGACUCUAUUCUUAAAUUUAACUUCAAUGAAAUGAAAAACGACAUAUGCAAUAUGCUGCACAAUCAGCAACUCUAUCUAUGCAGCAUGCUGAACGCAGCCCCUCGAGUUCAUAAAAGUGAACUUAAUACCAACAACACCGACGUAAACAAUGUUAAAAGCUACUCGGUAGCAGCAGGACAAAAACACGCCUCGUACAGCUCGGAUGCAUCAUCUCCCAAGAUCGUUCAUCCAGCUUCGUCCGUAAUCAACACACCACCAUCUGAUGAAACCUCGAAGCAGGGAACCCAAUCGCUGUGGCCACGAAGGCUCUUGGAGCACUGUUACUUCAAAAAAAAGAGAAAAUACACUCCAAUUACUGUAGGUUCCAAAGAACCUGAGUCCUUCAAAUUAUCUGCAGCUCCUUUGCCUCCCAAAAAAAUUGUUUUUGGGGUAGGUAAAUUGAAAAGCUGCGUCAAAGAAGAGAUCCUUGAACAUCUGGAAACUAUUGGACUGACCGCUGCAGAAUGCGUACCAGUCUUUAAAUUCUCUCCCACUCGUCCUCAACCUUCAACCAGUGAUCCAUCAACAAAAUUCCGCAUAACUAUUUUUAAACAUCAGGAAAUGAUUUUUACCAAUCCUGAAAAUUGGCCUAUCGGCGUGGAAAUUCACCCCUGGUUGUUUCAUGCUCGACCACAGCAUUUGAUAAAACCCACUACAACUUCACUACCAAAUCAUUAUCCUGUCGACCUACCAAAUGUAAAUACACCAUUGCUGGUCAACUCACAUCAGCAUGUAGAAAACACAGUUGAGGUAGCUUCCAUUUUAACUUCUUUAAGUCGAGCCAGUCACAAUGGGCCCUUCUCAGCUGAUGAUCAACACUUUAACGCAUACAACACCCACAUCGACCCCACAAAGAACCUCCUAGAUUCAUUCACCAGACAGUCAUCCUACUACACCACAAGAGAUCUACUCAACAUUCUAGAAGCCAAGUACAUCAACAAUCAUGAUCACCCUCUACCUCUACUACACAUAAACAGCAGAAAGACAUGGCUGAAUGACGAAACCGCUAAACUAGUUCGUAUGAAUGAUUACAAUUUUGUUUUUAAAAAUAGGUCUGACAGAAUAGGUGGUGGAGUCGGAAUCUUCAUCAGAUCAGGCAUUGAAUUUUCUAUGAUAAACAAUUUGCUUCUGAACGGCACCAUUAUUGACCUUCUUGGUGUCAAUUUAAAAUUAAAAAUUAAACAACACACACGUAAAUAUUUUAGCAGUAUAUAA